CAAGCCUCACAGACAAAACUUCCUUAGCUGUGUGAGCAAUAAAUUCCAGCUCUUUGCCAAAAUUAACAGCCCUAUAUCCCAGCCAUAGCCCUAACUCUGAUCUUAACUUUCAUUUAAUUGGUGGACCUCAGUGGGGACAGUACAUUUCCUGGAAGCAAGGUUUGCCUGAGAGGUUUUACUGAGGGCAAAAAUACCUCUUUCCUUGCCCUGGCCACUUUUUUGGGGUUGUCAGGCAGACAGACGAGAAAACGUGGACGGUGUGCUUUACUUUCUUUACCCUAUGUUUAAUUUAAUCGUGUUGACAGUCUGACAGUUGGUUGGCGUUAAUCAAUACAAAUAACAGAGUUAAAAAGAUAUAGCUAUAAAAUGACGGAACAGUCCUCGUUGCUACUACGUAAACAGUUAGCAGAGCUCAACAAGAACCCAGUGGAAGGCUUUUCUGCGGGUCUUGUAGAUGACGAUGACAUCUAUCAGUGGGAAGUGGUCGUCAUCGGACCUCAAGACACAUUAUUUGAAGGAGGUUUCUUCAAAGCCACCUUAUCCUUCCCGCGUAACUAUCCUUUGAGGCCUCCGAAGAUGAAGUUCAUCACAGAAAUCUGGCAUCCAAAUGUGGCAAAAAAUGGCGACGUCUGCAUCUCCAUUCUGCAUGAACCUGGCGAGGACAAGUAUGGCUAUGAGAAGCCUGAAGAGCGCUGGCUGCCAAUCCACACAGUAGAGACCAUCAUGAUCAGUGUUAUCUCCAUGUUGGCAGACCCCAAUGGAGACUCUCCUGCCAAUGUGGAUGCAGCUAAAGAGUGGCGGGAAGAUCCUGCAGGAGUUUUUAAGAAAAAGGUGGCCCACUGUGUGCGGAGGAGUCAAGAGAUGGCUUUUGACUAAAGCCUCACUCCAGUCAUGAACACAGUUGGCACUGCACAAGGGAUUUGACAACUGGUUACACUUAAGUUGGCUAGAUGACCAUGGGGCAGUACUUUAUCAACAUCAACUAGCCACCCAAAGAAGAAAAAGAAAAAAAAAUUAUAAACCCCUAUUUAUCUACUAAUUUGUGUCUUGCAGUUUGAGAGGUGUUGAUAUUUAUGAAUAUUGGUCAAUGGCAGUGGCAUUCAUGCUGCCAAAAGUUCCAUUUUACUUUCCCAUUUUCCACCAUCCGUUGCACAAGACACUAUUUCUGGUCAAGCAUCAGCAUUUCACUCACAGGAAGAUGAAUUAUACAGCCUAAUACUUCCUCUGUUAUGUACAUACUAAUCAGAUUUUAGGAGAAAUUAUCCCCUCUGAUAAAUGCCCCAUUUUCUAAAGUUAGUUUACAUUAUAUUUACCUAUUUAUCUAGAGUAAGAUUAUUUUGAGAUGAAUAGCAUCUGUUAUGGAGGUUUUUAUUUUUAUUGUCAACCUGCCACACUGAGCCAUACAGUUAAUUCAUCAGUUAUGCAAUUUUGGAGUACUUGCAGUCAUUAAAGAGAUGGAAAUACAGACACUGGCUUUCCUUUCCCUGCACACCCAAAGUGUUCCUUCUUUCCCUGAAGGGGAAACUUAUCACCCAGCACUGCCUUAACUUUGACUGCCAGCGAAGGAAACCUAUCUUCAUUAAGGACUGCAUCUGAAGGCUUGUUUUUGAAUCCAGAAAAAUUAUUGUGGACAAACCAAAGACAACACACUGAUAAAUCUAUUUUUAAUGAACAUGCUACAUUUUUUUUUUACCCGUGUAAAUAUAAAGUAUUUGUCCAUGCUUGGAAAAACUGUCAAACAUUUUUGAACAUUGCACAUGUACAGAGAAAAUGCAUUCACUUUGCCUAUUAAAGAGGCGAUGUGUUGAUAUUGUACAGUAGCGCUUCAAAUAGAGCUUUUUCACAGAAGACAUUUUGACAUGUCACAGUAGCGCAGGUGUAAAUAAUAAAAUUAAUGAUUCCAUUUAGCUACUUCUGGUUCAUUGUCAUGCCUCACGGAGACUCUUAACAAAAUGGAGCCAUGUGUAAUGUUAUUAGCAACACCUGUGUGUUUCUUACUAUAAGUCAAAAUGUCUGCCGUGAGAAAAGCCUAUACCACCCACAAGAUGAUCUGCUGAUCAAGUGACUUAAUAGAGCUAAACAAUAGAAAUUUCUAUGCUUAGUAAGGACAUAAUUUCCUGAAUAAUAAGUAUGCAGUUGCACCCACUUUUUAAAUGAAUGAUACAAUGUAAAAACAAGUAAUAAACCUCAUUGUGGA